CUGCUGUGAAUAUUGUACCAUAACUUUUGCUUUUUUUGCAUUUUUCUUUCAUUGUCUCUUAUUUAAUUUUUCGUGACGCCCUCCGUUAUAUAGUCGUAGUAGCUAUUUCUCUUUCUUGCUCGAAUUCUACCUCCGGGGGUUAAGCCGCAUCAGUUAUUUCAAGAUGAAACAAAACACUGUUUCCAAUGAACGUGCCCAUCGCGAAUUUGGAGGUGCUAAAGGUGUUACGGCCAUGAUGGUUGGCUUUCCUUUUGUUAUGUACUAUUUAUGGGCUAGUGCAAGAUACAACGAUGGUCAAUUUCUUCAACCUACUUCUUACACGCUUAGCGGGAUUUGCGAAUUUUUCCGCACUUUUGGCGGCUAUAUUGCUGAUGGUGCCUAUCCUAGCAAAUAUGCCAUCGCUAUUUUUUGGACGUAUGUCAUUACCGAAGGCAUCUUUUACGUGACACUUCCAGGAAUUCGUACCCGUGGUCUUCCUCUGAAGCAUAGAAACAACAAUUCUCUCCCUUAUUUAUGUAAUGCUGUAUGGUCUUUCUAUACUUCCAUUAUCAUCUUGGCUGUCCUUCAUCUUUCCAACGUCUUUCGUAUCACCACCAUCUUGGACCAGUUCGGACCUCUUAUGAGUGUUGCCAUCAUCAGCUCCUUUAUUAUCACCUUUGUCCUCUACGUCGGCUCUAUUUUGUUUGGUGAUAAGCUUUUUGACAGACCUCAUGCCUUGUCUGGAAACCUCAUUUAUGACUAUUUUAUGGGUGCUAGUCUUAACCCUCGUAUUGGUAAGCUCUUGGACUUGAAGAUGUUUUUCGAGGUUCGUAUUCCUUGGUUCAUCCUUUUCUUCCUUUCCGUUGCUACCGCUGUUCGUCAAUAUGAAAAUUACGGCUACGUUAGUCCCCAAGUCCUUUUUGUUUGUUUUGCCCACUACUUGUAUGCAAAUGCUUGCGCCAAGGGUGAAGAACUUAUCGUUCCUACUUGGGAUAUGGCCUAUGAAAAAUUUGGUUUUAUGCUCAUUUUCUGGAAUAUGGCUGGUGUUCCCUUUACUUAUAGUCACUGUGCUCUCUUUUUGUCUGCCCGUGAUCCUAAGCAAUAUGAAUGGUCUUUCUCAUACAAUUUCUUCGUCUAUGCUUUAUUGAUUUGCUGCUACUACGUCUUUGACAGUUGCAAUAGUCAAAAGAACCGUUUCCGUAACCAAAUUUACGGUUUGACAACUACCCGCAAGUCGUUUCCACAACUCCCUUGGCAAACAAUAAAAAACCCCACUUUCAUCCGUUGUGCGAAUGGUGGUACUCUAUUAACCUCUGGAUGGUAUCGUUAUGCUCGUAAAAUUCAUUACACUGUUGACUUUUUCCAAUCUCUUUCUUGGGCUUUGAUUACCGGGUUUAGUUCUCCCCUUCCUUACUUUUAUCCUUGUUUCUUUAUCAUCGUUUUGAUUCAUCGGGUUACCCGUGAUAUCGAAAAGUGCAAAGCCAAGUACGGUGCUGACUUUAAUGAAUACUGCCGUAUUUGCCCUUAUCUUUUCAUUCCUUAUGUGUUUUAAGGAAAAAGUAGUUACGCUUGAUUUUUGGUUUCAUGUUUCCGCAUUCUGCUGCUUAUAAUGACCUACCGACUACUCGUUUUUACGCGUGCAGUGCCGUAAACUUGUUGCAUCACUCUUCAUGAAGCACUGUGUUUUAUGAUAUAAAUGAUAGAGUUGUUGUAAAAGUUUAAAGAAAUCGAUUAUGAACAAUUAUCAUAGAAAACCAUUUUGUUCUUUUUGAAGUAGCAAACCACCAUGAAUUGUAACAGAUUUGUGCCAAAUAACUUUUUCGAUUUUCCAUUGCUCAUCAAGUUUAGGAACCGGUUUGUCU